ACGUUGCUUUAACGCGGUGUGUCCUGUGUAUGUUACUUUUUGUUUGUUUGUUUUGUUGGUUUGUAUUAUUAAUAAUCAGUAAAUUUAAACAAGUCGGGUGUUCCCGUGAAAACUAGAAAAACAACAACAACAAUGAGCUGGUGUAAGUGAAUUAAUACAAUGUACUUUGCAGAAUUGAGCUGAAACGCGGUUAAAGCACAACUUUAUCCGUGUUUCUACAUUAGACCUCACUGGACAAAAAAAAAAAAGACAGAAACGUUUGUAUGAUCAGCAUGGCACUAGAGAACUGGAGUGCAUGGAAACGACACGACUACAUCAAUAACGUUUUUUAAAGGAGGCAUCAAGUGAGAAUUGUUCCGUUUUGUCAUUUUUUGCAAAGGCCCGAAAAACACAAAACCAGAGUGCUAGGUUGAUAAAGUCCUCACUUCCGCAUUUAUGAAGGAUCGCUGCCUGAAUGUGUGUGAGAGAAGACAAAUAUGCCGUUAUGUUGCGUGUGCGUGUGUGUGUGUGACCGAAUAAAACACCGAGAGCACCGAAACACCAGAGCAUAGCAGUAAAAGAGUACGUUAAGUUGUCCCGGAAAGGGAUAUUCGUUAGGACAUGUUAACUUUAACGCUUGAAGAGGAACCGAAACCAGUCCCACAUGACAUAGCCUGUCCUCAUGUGCGCCCAGGAAUGCCCCCCAGUCGGGGCAUGCCAAUGGGAGGGAUGGGAGUGGGGCCUGGUGCUGGACCCUCCUAUAGCUCCGGCCUGCCUAUGAGAGCAGGUUUGCCCCAGCCAGCGAUGGACCCUUUCCGAAAGAGACUGCUCCAGCAGCAGCAUCAAGGACUCGCAAGCCACAGACGGGGCAUUAAGAGACGAAAGAUGGCAGACAAGAUACUACCACAAAGGAUCAGGGAGCUGGUGCCAGAGUCGCAGGCCUACAUGGAUCUGUUGGCCUUUGAGCGCAAGCUUGAUCAGACCAUUGCUCGCAAGCGCAUGGAGAUACAGGAAGCCAUUAAGAAACCCAUAACGCAAAAGCGCAAGUUGCGAAUCUACAUCUCCAACACCUACAGCCCUGCCAAACCCGAGGGAGACGACGCAGAGAAGAUUGCCUCCUGGGAGCUGAGAGUGGAGGGGAAACUCCUAGAAGACCCGGGGAAACAAAAGAGGAAAUUCUCAUCCUUCUUCAAGAGCUUAGUGAUUGAGUUGGACAAAGAGCUCUAUGGGCCAGACAAUCACCUUGUAGAGUGGCACAGAAUGCCCACAACUCAGGAGACAGAUGGGUUCCAGGUGAAGAGACCAGGAGACAUCAGUGUGAAGUGUACAUUACUGCUAAUGCUGGAUCAUCAGCCGCCCCAGUAUAAACUGGACCCUCGCCUGGCUCGGCUGUUGGGUGUUCACACGCAGACCCGCGCCAGCAUCAUGCAGGCCCUGUGGCUGUAUAUAAAGACCAACAAACUGCAGGACUGUCACGAGAAAGAGUACAUCAACUGCAACCGCUACUUCAGACAGAUUUUUGGUUGCUCUCGAAUGAGGUUCUCUGAAAUUCCUAUGAAGCUGGCUGGGCUACUGCAGCACCCUGAUCCCAUCAUCAUUAACCAUGUCAUAAGUGUGGAUCCCAAUGACCAGAAGAAGACAGCCUGCUAUGAUAUUGAUGUAGAGGUGGACGAUCCCUUAAAAAGCCAGAUGAGCAGUUUUCUCUCUUCUACCACUAACCAGCAGGAGAUUGCUGCUCUGGAAAUGAAGAUCCAUGAGACCAUUGAAUCCAUCAACCAACUUAAAACCCAACGAGACUUCAUGCUGAGCUUCAGUAACAAUCCUCAGGAGUUCAUUCAGGACUGGCUAAAGUCACAAUGUCGUGACUAUAAGUUAAUGACUGACACAGCUGGAAACCCUGAAGAAGAAAGGAGAACUGAGUUUUACCAGGCCCCGUGGGUACAGGAGGCUGUGGGGAGGUACAUUUUCUCAAAGGUCCAGCAGCGAAGGCAAGAACUCGAACAGGUACUUGGGAUUCGACUCACUUAAAAGCAGUCCCCUCACCAACAUGUGCCAGUGCCCUCCAAGGUGUCUGUUACCCACUUUGGACAGCCUUGACUCCUGGGAAUAUCUUUCGUGAUGGUACAACAGUUCUUAGCGGAGUUUCUUCAAAUCUGGACUUUGUUGUUAAAAUUGAAAUGCUGGCAUCUAAGUAGCAAACUGGAAUUAGAACCGCCAGGAGUUUAUUCCCAUAAUUAUGCGUACUAAAAAAUGCAUCAUACACGUGAGCAGUUCAUACCUAAAUUGUUUAAUAUGGUGACAACUUUUGUAUCUUGAGAAUACAAAAAUACUUAAAGUACAGUAGCUGAAUUUAAAAUUUUGCCACUGAUGUGGUGGAAAGAGGCACUUCCUGAUUAGUAAGUUGAAUUUAGCAUUUUGCACUAUAGGUAGUUUUCCUUUUUUUAGUGCAGUGUAAUACUUUUUAUCUUGACUGAUAUCUGAAUACUAUUAUCAGACUUUUUUAGUCCAGUUGUUGGGAGAUGGAAGAUGUAAUGUUUCUAUUUUUGUAAUGCAUACAAUCAUUUUUUUGUGAUACUAGUUUGGUCAGCACUGGGAACUCAGGAAGGACCUCUCUUUGGAGAUAGAUGAGGUCCAGCACAAGAAAUUUCCCUCAUGUUUAUGAGCACAAACAGAAUUUUAUUAAGAGGGGGGCUUAGGUUAUGCAACAACUAAUAGACAGUGCUGGGUCCAAAAAAAUAGCUAGCCUACGUAUUAUUGUUGCUUGUUUCUUUUUUAUAAAUAGCAUUUUGUAUUGUUCACUGUACCUGGAGCUUAAAUUUUAAAUAAUCAUGUUCCUUGAUACAGUUUUAUCCAUUAUAUUCACUAUGAACCAAAAAAAACACAGUAUACUAUCACUAGCUCUAGCAGUUCCAAACAUCUCUCUCAAAGGAUCAUUCUUUUAAACCUGUUCUUUGAUGGAAAAAGGAACCAGUUCAAUGCUGGAAUUCACUGUUGUAAAAAUUUGUUAAGUUUUUUCCAAAAACUUAUUUUCACCAUGUAUUUAAGUGAUGAUUAUGUUGGCUGAGGAGUUGUUUCCAGAUUGUUAAUAUGAGAAACGUGUUGGGUUUAGAGUGAUUACCUGAGCUAUAUCUUUCUAUUUCCUAUUUUUUUUCUCAGCUUUCUAUUUUCUUUUUUUAUCUGAAACUUUACUAAGUGAAAGUAUCUUUUUUUUUUACUUAAAGACUGGAACAUUUUUUAAAGAUUUAUAUAAAUGUGUGUAUCGUCUGAAUUAGCUUAUGUUAAUGGGAAUAAUUUCACGCAGUGUUUUAUACAAGUAACAGUAGCAUACAGUAUACAGUACUUUUGUUGCAUAUCCCAUUCCACUGCAAUAUACAUAGUACCCUAUUUAGCCGUUAAAAACAUGCUUCUAUUUUAUUUUGACUUAAUUUAUCAAAUGAUUUCAUCCUCCUAUGUAGAGUUUUAUAUUUCGGGAUUUCAGUUUUACUCCAGGCUAGUGGGCUAUGGGUUUGUCUUAAGAUGCUUCCACAUUGCAUGAAUAACUAGGAUACCUUGGUAUCAUUUCACUAUAUAUAGGAUUUAUAUUUAUAUACAGCUGCAACACACCUUACUGACCUUAAUUUUUUAUAAGAUCUUUUAUAUGCAAAUAUUUCUAUAAUAUUUAAAGAAUCACUUUGUCUUAUGUACAUGAUCACUGCUGUCAAUAUACUGUACUGCAGCAUUUAACCCUGUUUAUAUCAUGCCAGGUUUUAAUGUUUCUGAAAUACUAUGGUGAGCAAUGGCCCAAGGAGGCAAGAUAUGUAAAAUGAAUAAUUCUGCAACAUUCAAAAAUAUGCCGCAAGAUCUAUUCAUUUAGGCUGUACUAUCAUUAUUUGAUUAGUUUUAGAUAGUUUAAGCAUAAAAUCACAUUCUAGCAUCGAAUUGCAUUUUUAUGUUAAUGAUUUUUGUGAAAUGUUUUAAAACCUCAAUGUAAUUCUUAUUUUUUGUCGCUUUGUGCUUUCUGAAUAAUCUAUCAUGCAAUAAUCUCUUGUACCGACAGAACCAUUUCAAUGCAGGAGCCUGGGCACAGCAAUAGUGCAGCUGCAUUUAUAGCCUCGUGUUUUUAGUUUGCUCCUUUCAGUUCAUAGAUUUACUGCUAUUAAAACUUAAAAAAUAUGUACUGUGUUAGUCAAACUUUGGUGGUAUGCUUGGCCAUAGUGUGCACUAAUCGCCACAUCUUAAAACAUCUUAAUAUUCCAUACUUCCUAAUAUUGGCUAAAUAAAUGGCAAUGAUUGCUCAUAGGCUGUAAAGUAUGUUGCAUCUUACACAGAAAUAAGCACAUUAAUACAUACAUAUAUGCACAUAGAUAUAAUGUUAAAAAUUAACCCUUUAACAGCUGAUUUAUUCAUAUGCUGACACACUUCAGACACACAAUUUGUUGAAUGAUGAAAAAAUAAAAAUCAAUAUUCUGAUUCUCUCACAUCUUAUGUGAUACAGUAUACUUUUUGAACAGGCUAACUCCCAUGUCAAAUACCACCCUGUGUGAAUAUAACAUAUUAUACUGUUGUAAAGAAAUGCACCUUCAACUAAAGGCAUUAAUUACUGGCCACGCUUUACGAAUGUUCAUGGCUGGGACAUCACCUCUAGACUGACAGUGUGACCUGCAGAUAGGCAGCACUGGUGAUCACUCAUCCCCAUACAGGUCAACUGACACUAUAUCAAAUCAAUCAGACUAGGAGGGACCAUCUGGGGGAUCAGUUCCAUAUUGCUGCAACAACAUCUGCAAAAGCACACCCAGUGACUGCCGUCAGACAUCUCUGUACGUAUAUAUUUGAUUUGGGAGGCAGACGUCCAUACAAUGGUGACAUCCUAAGCCAGCAUCACCAGAAGGCGUAUCUGGGAUUGGCACAUUACAGCAUCUCUGGAUUUAAAUUCAGAUGAACGUGUUGAAUAAUUUGCAAAGGCAGUUGAUCCCUUGGCAGCUGCCAUGUCCCACAUGAUGAUGUGCCAUCAUCCUGUGUCAGUGAUGGCACAGUGACACUGCAGGAGGAGAAGACAAUUGUGUGAUUUAGAUUGCAUGGGUUGUCUUUUCCUGUUAUUGCUAUGUCAUUUGCAUGCCUUUCUGUCAGUGCUAAUGGUACUGCCUUGUCCGUAUCAUCUGUGGCUCUUUCUGAUAGCUGUGUUUUAGAAUGAAAUGAUAUAUGUGUGCAGUUGAGUUAAAUAUUUUUUUCCUUAGAACACACUAUUCAUCAGAAUGGCAGUGAUGCUUUCCUUCAUUGUGUCAGUACAGUACAUAUUAUUACCAAUACAUUGCAGAUUCCAUUUACAUCUGCAGUAUACAGUAAGUUCUGUCAAAGCUGCGUAAAAGACAAUCUGAAAAUAAUGAAUUCUGCCAAAACAGUCAAAAACAAAGAUGAUAUAACAGGUGUGCGGGGAAAAUCUGUUGUUCUAUACUUUCUCCUAAAUGGUCAGAACAUCUGGCCUGUCUUAAUGACAGUGCUCUGGGUACCACUAGUGACUUUUUUCUGCAAAGAAAUGGUUUUGUCACUGGCAGUGAUACAGUAUAUAUUGUAUGGCACAGAGUUUUGUGUGUUUAAAGAAGUUUGCAUGUUUUGUAUCUAAAUUAAAACAUUUUGUACUGUAUAUCUUUUUUUUUACAGAUACAUGUAUAUUGAAAAAUGGGAUCAGUUUUGGUACAUUUGUAAAAUAAAGCUGCUUGCACAGGCCA